AUGCAGACUGCUUUUUCAAACAUUUGUGAAAGAAUGGGUCGCUUACAGGAGCUCAGUGAAUUCAAGUGUGGUACUGUGAUAGGUUGCCACCCGUGGAAUAAGUCCAUCCGUGAAAUUUCCUUGCUACUAAAUAUUCCACGGUCAACUGUUAGUGGUAUUAUAACAAAGUGGAAGCAACUGGGAACAACAGCAACUCACCCAUGAAAAAUGAUAGGGCAGGGUCAGCGCACAGUGCACAGAAGUUGUUAACUGUCUGCAGAGUCAAUAGCUAAAGACUUCCAAACUUUGUUUCCAGUGAAGGGAGCUCUUAAGGCGUCAACAUACCAAGAUAUUUUGGACAAUUUCAUG